AUGAUUAUGGAAAACUUGCUAGAUCAGACUCAUCGUAAUACGAGAAGAGGCAUUGUAUUCUCCCAUACUCGCAAGACUUUUACGAUAAAACCAGACUCUCCAAAAACAAGAGAGGCAUGCCUUGCUUUAGGUUAUGAUCCUCAAAUAUUUUAAUUAAAGUAUUUGUUUGCAAUCUUAAGAUUUUAGAACUUUUGAGGAGUUUGCAGAACCGGGUGUGAGUGAAAACGUUCAAAAAAUGAGAUAUGAUCAUUAUAUGAAAAAGACUGAAAGUAAAACGGAAAAUGGAUUAAAAUAGGUGCUUUGCAAGAAAUUAGCAAGAUGCGUAAAGUGAUUAUCAAGAAAUAAAAAGCCAUUACAAAUCUACAUCUGGAAAAGAGCUAUUAAAGAGAUGAGGAGUAUGAGAAUGUAAUUAUGUAAGAUUAGUGAAUGAUUUGAUUGAAACCUAUAACAAGAAGAUGAGUAACAUUAAUAAUGAAGAGAAGGAUAACUCGUAUCUUUCGUUUGAUGAUGAAGAUCCAAUACUUGUUCUGGAAUAACAAUUAGAAAAGGAGAUUACAAAGUAUAAAAAGUAAUUGCAAGUGAAAGCUAAGGAAGUAUAACAUUAAUUAGAAAACGAAAAAAAAAGAUAAAAGCUAUAACAUGAUAUGAAUGAAAGAGAGAAGAAAAUUGAGGAAUUAUAAUAAAAAAUAGCACAUUAAAAGGAAAUUAAAAAGAAAGAAUUAAAACGUGCAGCGUAGAAAAAGUAUAAUGAGAUCAAAGAGAAAGAAAGAGAAAAACAAAGAAAAUUACUUGAAGACAAAUAAAAGUAAGCUGAAAAAUUUGAGAAAAUGUAACUCAUUUAUAUCUAUGUAUAAGUCGUAAGAAAUUGGAAGAAGAUGAACUAUAGCAAAAGAAAGAAUUGGAAGAAUAAGAGAGAAGAUAUCAAGAAAGAAGACAUAUUAUCCAACAAAGAAAACAAAUUUAAGAUAAGGAAUACAACCAACAUUUGGCUUCAACUAUGAAUUAAAUUGAGUAGAAAUGGGCUGAGACCUCUUAAAACAAAGAUAGAUAGAUAUGGGAAUCUAAAUUGGAAAGAUUAACUAUGAGAAGUACCUUGCAUGAAGAAAAGUUAAGAUAAUAUAAACUAAAGACCCAAUAAAAAGAAGAAUCUUUGAUGCAAUCAAUUGUUAAGAAGCUAGCUCAUAAAGAAGAGGAUUUAAAAGGUUUAUUUCAUUGUCUUAAUUAAUAGCAUUAAGAUAAUCAAGAGAAAAGGAGGAAUUAAUGAGAAUCAAAGAAGAGAAAUUGAGAAAAAAGAAAAUUGAAAAAAGCUUAAAGAAUAUCAAAUCAUAAUAAUUUGAUAAAGUUGAAAACUUAUAAAGGAAGUUUUAAUUACUUGAAGAUUACUCAGAAAAAAGAAAAGAAGAAUAAGAAAAUUAGAAAUACAUAAAAAAAGAAAAAAUGAAAUUAAAAUAAUAGGACUUAAUUGAAAAUUAUUAAAGAUAAGAGAGAUUAAAGGAUCUAAAAUUUAAGUAAUUGAUCAAGUCUACUUAAUAAUUAAAUGAAUAAAAAUCAUUAGAAAAGAUGUCUGGAGAACUUGUACGUAGAGCCUAAUAAGAACUAUAAAGAAAGUUAAAAAAAGAUGCUGAAAAUUUAGAUUAAAGUUUAGUAAGUGUGAGUUAAGCUGAUGAAAAAGUUCUGAAGUAAAUUUAAAUAAAUAUUUCUAGUUAAAUGGUCAGUUAGCUUGAAAAGAAUUUAUCAAAUCUGGCUCAAAAUUCUAAAAUAUUAAAUUGA